AUGGCAAACGGCGACAAGAAACCCCAGCUAUUUAGAGAACAAAACUACGCUGAGCUACGCGCCCAUUGUCUGUCUACUGGGAUCCUGUUCAAAGACCCAGAAUUUCCACCUAUCAUAAGCUCUCUGUGCUUCAACAACACCGACAAAGGCAUCGAAUGGAAAAGACCCCGUGAAAUAAUCAGGAACCCAAAGUUUGUUUUUGGCACCGUGAAGACAGAAAACAUCUCACAAGGGAACCUUGGCAACUGCACAUUUGUAGCGGCGUGCGUGAGUGUCUGUCAUGACAGGCAACUGUGGGAAAACGUAGUUCCAGAUUCCAAGAAGCAGGUCUUUUAUCCAGCGUUAGCAUAUGCAGGUAUCUUCCACUUCAAGAUCUGGAGCUUUGGCCAGUGGAUGGAUGUCGUGAUAGACGAUUACCUGCCCACGAGAGGUGGGAGACUUAUCUUCACACACUCCAAAUCUGGUGAUGAGUUCUGGGCAGCACUGUUGGAAAAGGCAUAUGCCAAGUUCAUCGGUUGCUACCAAGCUUUGAUAUCCAGAUGUCCAGAGGACGUCAUGGUGGACCUUACUGGGGGCGUUGCUGAAAGUCUUGAGGUCAAGGUUGGCACUGACCAACAGAAACAGGAUCUCUUUGACUCGUUGCUCAAAGCGAGGUCUAGUCAGUCCAUCAUUUGUGCAUCUAUUCAUAAAGACAUUUGCGGAGCAACCGAGAAGCGUGUCGGCCUUGUGCGAAACCACGCCUACAGCAUCACAGACGUGCGACACCUCCCACUCAAGACCACUGGCAAAAUGGCCAUGUUCAUUGUUAAGACGAUCCCGAUGGUACGACUCAGAAACCCGUGGGGUAAGACGGAGUGGACGGGUGCCUGGAGUGACAGGAUGUGCUUUGAUGACUUUACCCGUUAUUUUACUGACAUUACAACAUGUCAUAUACUGACACACGGAGCAAACUCUUGCUGGAGAGAGAUCGUUGUUUGGGGGGAUUGGAGGUCGCCUGACAGAGCUGGAGGUUGUGAAAACUAUUUCAGUUUCCUGGACAACCCUCAGGUGAAUGUGUUUGGUGUCUAA